CCAGCCCACAGACAUUUGGUCACCAACAUUCGUGUCCGUUCUGUUCCUACCGAGAUAUGGAGAAACACCACCAGCUCGAAAUCGGUUCAGUCAUCAAAUGUCGGAAACGCAUGUGUUGGAGCUGAAGAAAACAGUUCCAAUUUAUUAACUUUCAAUCACUUUCCUCCCAUCCAAACACUUCUUUUCUGAGACCAUCAGAGCUUUACCUUUCAUGGCGCCUCCGAAGAAAUCAAAGAAAAGCAAGAAAGACAGGAAAUUGAGGAAAAGCAAGAGCGUGGUGGUUCCGGCUGAGGCGAAAGCCGUGGAUUCGGAUUGGUGGGAUAGUUUCUGGCACAAGAAUUCUUCAACCCAUCCAGGUUCUUCAGUAUCCAACGAUGAGGAGGAAGGAUUUAAGUUUUUCUUCAGGGUCUCGAAAAAGACUUUCGAUUACAUUUGUUCACUUGUAAGAGAAGACCUGGUGUCGAGGCCGCCAUCAGGGCUCAUCAAAAUAGAAGGAAGGCUUCUCAGUGUUGAGAAACAGGUUGCAAUCGCCAUGAGAAGGUUAGCAUCCGGGGAGUCUCAAGUCUCAGUGGGGGCUGCAUUUGGGGUCGGCCAGUCCACAGUUUCUCAGGUGACUUGGAGAUUCAUUGAAGCAUUGGAAGAGCGCGCGAAGCACCACCUCAAGUGGCCUGAUUCAAAUAGAAUGGAAGAGAUUAAGUCUGAAUUUGAAGCAUCCUUUGGAUUGCCGAAUUGCUGUGGAGCCAGAGAUGGUACUCACAUCAUUAUGACCCUACCUACAGUUCAAACAUCAGAUGAUUGGUGUGACUCGGAGGAAAACUACAGCAUGCUUUUGCAGGGAAUUGUUGACCACGAGAUGAGAUUUCUUGAUAUUGUGACUGGUUGGCCUGGGGGAAUGACUGCGUCUAGACUGUUGAAGUGUUCUGGGUUUUACAAGCUCUGUGAAGGUGGACAGCGUUUGAAUGGAGAUGUUAGAAGUUUAUCUGGAGGAGUAGAGAUUAGAGAGUACUUAGUUGGCGGGGCUAGCUAUCCUCUGCUUCCUUGGCUCAUAACUACUUUUGAAAGCAAUGGCCUUCUGCCUUCCGUUUCUGCUUUUAACGCCAUGCAUGAGGCUGCAAGGUCACUUGCAGUAAGGGCAUUCUCACAGUUGAAGGGCACUUGGAGAAUCCUCAGCAAGGUUAUGUGGAGACCUGACAAGCAAAAACUUCCAAGCAUUAUCUUGGUAUGUUGUUUACUUCACAAUAUAAUCAUCGACAGUAGAGAUAUAUUGGACCCGGAUGUUGCUUUAUGCGGCCAUCAUGACUCAGGAUAUGGAGAACAGUGCUGCAAGCAAGUUGAUCCAUUGGGGAGGACAUUGAGGGAUAACUUGAUCAAACACCGGGAGCACAGCAAGCAGACUGCUACACCAAUUUGAAUCUUGUUCAACCAAGUCUGGUCUAAACGAGUUCAAGUUGGAAGUUUAUAGCCUCCAUCGAACAGGUGCUGCCUAUAGGUACCUUUCAAGGAGAAACUAAAGCGUUUAGGCUUACAGAAUCUGUUCUUGCCUGGUUUUUCAGUGUCAUUGUUUGUCAGGAAAAGCUUGUUUCUGCUGUCACUUUGAUCCUUUUCCCUUGAGCAUGUAUUACGGUUUGUACCAUAGACUGCAAGUAACAUGUAGAGCCGCAGACAAAACUCGAGUGAAACUGAGCAUAUAUCCCUCUAACCCUGUCGUGUAACAAUUCACGUGACGAGUGGUACAAGGCGAGGGGGAUACUCUCCCAGUUUCAUGUAAGGAUCUCGCCGGAUUCUGGAGAAUGUUAGAAUCUAUACAAGAACUUGUAACGCAGAAAGAAUGUAUACACCGAACAACAGGAUUCAAUAAAAGAUUUUAUUUUCAUA